AUGGCACUGUACGCCAUCAUCGCCGGAGUCGGUCCUGGCACUGGGGCGACGAUCGCACGAAAGUUCGCAAAGGCAUACCCUGUCGUCCUCCUCGCGCGCAACGAGGACAGCUUCAAGCCCAUCGUCGCCGAGAUCGAGCGCGACGGCGGGCGGGCGUUUGGCGUGGCUGCCGAUGUCUCGUCUCGCGAGAGCCUGAAUGCCGCGCUGUCGACUGCGGAGAAGAGCCUGGGGAGCUUGGAUCGCUGUGCUGCGGCCAUAUUCAACGCCAGCGCGAGGCCUUCACCCAAGUCGUUCUUGGAAUUGUCGGAGCAGGAGUUCUUGAGUCCGUUCACGGUCAGCGCUCAAGGAGGCUUCCACUUCACGCAAGCAGUCCUCCCAAAGUUGCUCAAUUCGGUCGGCACCGAUGUCAAGUACCCUCCAACGCUGCUCUUCACAGGCGCCACCGCGUCCAUCAAGGGUUCUGCAAGGUUCGCCCCUUUUGCGGUCGCGAAAUCGGCCGGACGCAUCAUGGCACAGUCACUGGCACGGGAGUACGGUCCGCAAGGCGUGCACGUGGCUCACAUGGUGAUUGACGGCAUUAUCGACCUUCCGCUGACCCGGGAGUACAUGCCUGACGCGAAACCUGAUGCAUUGAUCUCUCCAAAUACGAUUGCCGACACGUACUGGUAUGUUCACACGCAGCCAGCGAGUGGUUUCACGCACGAGCUGGAGAUAAGGCCCAGCGCGGAGAAGUGGUAG